AUGACGGGGCUCUACGGCGCCAUCCAGCCCGCCGACUCGGUUUCGCCCAUCACCCGCACGCACGGCGCCGUCUUCAACCUGGAGUACUCCCCUGGCGGGUAAGGGAGGCGGAGGUGACCGGCGGUGGGAAGCUCGCCUUCCGAGAAUCGUAAAAUCUUGGAAAGGGACCCCGAGGGUCAUCUAGACCAGCGUUUCCCAACCUUGGGCCUCCAGCUGUUUUUGAACUACAAUUCCCAUCAUCCCUGAGCACUGGUCUUGCUAGCUAGGGGUGAUGGGAGUUGUAGUCCAAAAACAUCUGGAGGCCCAAGGUUGGGAAACACUGAUCUAGACCCACCCCCUCUGCGAGGCAGAAAUCUCGGCUGGGCCCUACAGGGCGGGUGGCCUCUGCUUUAAAAAAACCCCAAGGAAGGAGAGUCCUUCACCUUCCGAGGGAGCCCUGUCCGCUGUCGAACAGCUCUUCCUCUCAGAAAGUUUUCUUUUUUUCUUCCUGAAAUGGAUUUUAUUUUAUUUUACAAGUAUAAAAUUAUAACAAUACAACCAUUCAUAUCCACAUUUACAGAGGAAUCUGUUACAUUUUACAGAGGAACCUGUAAGUUUACAUUUACAGAGGAAUUUGUAAAUGUCAGAAAGUUUCCCCAUAUGUUUAGUUGGAAUCUCCUUUCUUAUAACUUGAAGUUAUUCAGUUCAAGUCCUACCCUGCUGAGCAGGAGAAAACAAGCUUGCUCCAUCCUCCGUGUGGCAGUCCUUGACAUAUUUGAAGAUGGCUAUCAUCUCUCUUUUCCAGGCUAAAAAUACCCAACUCCCUCAACUGCUCCUCUUAAGGCUUGGUUUCCAGACCCUUGAUCAUCUUGGUCGCCCUCCUUGUCAAUAUCCUUAAAUUGCGGUGUGCAGAACUGGGUAGAGUAUUGCAGUGUUCAAAAGGGAUCUAUUUAGAUACUGAGCUACAAUGUGUUUCGCUUCUUUAUAGUCUCUCUGUCACACCCACCCACCCAAAAACCCGAAGUAUGGGUCUAGCAGCUGGUAUUGAAAUUUGAAGCAUAGAAUUGUGCCCUGCACAUGCUUACUGACUUUUGUCCCCAUAUCUUAAUCUUCUUUGGAGAUACUGUAUUGCAUUGCAAUGUGAUUUCGGAUCUUUCUGCCCCCUGUGACUGUUUGUGAAAGUGUUGAGGAAUUCUAUAGUCGAGUAAUUGACCCCACAAGACUUUUGAAUAAUAAUAAUAAUUAAUAAUUUAUUAUUUGUACCCCGCCCAUCUGGCUGGGUUUCCCCAGCCACUCUGGGCGGCUUCCAUAGAAACCAAAAAUACACUAAAAUAUCAUACAUUAAAAACUUCCCUGAACAGGGCUGCCUUAAGAUGUCUUCUGAAUGUCAGGUAGUUGUUUAUCGCUUUGACAUCUGAUGGGAGGGCGUUCCACAGGGCGGGCGCCACUACCGAGAAGGCCCUCUGCCUGGUUCCCUGUAGCUUUGCUUCUCGCAGUGAGGGAACCGCCAGAAGGCCCUCGGCGCUGGACCUCAGCGUUCGGGCAGAACGAUGGGGAUGGAGACACUCCUUCAGGUAUACUGGGCCAAGGCUGUUUAGGGCUUUAAAGGUCAGCACCAACACUUCGAAUUGUUCUCGGAAACGUACUGGGAGCCAAUGUAGGUCUUUCAAGACCGGUGUUAUGUGGUCUCGGCGGCCGCCCCCAGUCACCAGUCUAGCUGCCGCAUUCUGGAUUAGUUGUAGUUUCCGAGUCACUUUCAAAGGUAGCCCCAUGUAGAGCGCAUUGCAGUAGUCCAAGCGGGAGAUAACUAGAGCAUGCACCACUCUGGCGAGACAGUCCGCGGGCAGGUAGGGUCUCAGUCUGCGUACCAGGUGGAGUUGGUAGACAGCUGCCCUGGAUACAGAAUUGACCUGCGCCUCCAUGGACAGCUGUGAGUCCAAAAUGACUCCCAGGCUGCGCACCUGGUCCUUCAGGGGCACAGUUACCCUAUUCAGGACCAGGGAGUCCUCCACACCAGCCCGCCCCCUGUCCCCCCAAAACAGUACUUCUGUCUUGUCAGGAUUCAACUUCAAUCCAUUAGCCGCCAUCCAUUUGAAGUGUAUUCCAACAUAAAUGUAAGAACACAGUAUUCAUAAACUACAUGAGGGUUGAUGCCACAUUUAAAACUGUUGGUGUGCAUUCGUAUGGCACAUACAGAUGUUUUUAAAAUAACCUAAACCUAAUUUGUAAAUCCACCUUCAUUUCAGUCUUAUGUCAACUAGAGAUAGUGGUGCAGCAAUAAAACUGCUAGCACAUUUGCAAAUAAGCAGGGUCUGGUAUGGUUUCAAAUUGGAUGGGGGGGCACUGCAUGUUGAGAUUCCUGCAUUGCAGCGGCUUGGUCUAGAUGACCCUCAGGGUCCCAACUCCACAAUUCUGUGAUUCUAUGAACUUGUCCCUGACUUUCCGCAAGGUUUUCUGCUCUUUCACCCCAUCUGUUGGGCAUCCCUGGAAACACAUGACAUAUCUCUGAUGCCUACAGUUUAUCAAUAACUGAUGUCCAUAAGUGCAUUUCUUCCCAGUCUAAGCUUCAGUACUUAUUGUGCAUUUUCUAGUAGCAGGAAUAUAGGAAGCUGCCGGAUAACAAUUCAGACCAUUGUCUGUCUAGCCUGGCAUUGUCUACACCAGGAGUGGAGAAGUCUUUCCCCUUCCAUCCCAGUCAUUUACUCACAGGAAAAGUAAAUUGGGUGCUUGAGAUAACGGUGACGAGAGUCUUCUCUUCUCUCUCUGCCCCCUCUUUUCUUUCAUUCUGCUCCCCUCACCCCCAGUGAUGCUUGGUAAAUGGUGGUCCUAAUCCUUAGUCCAUUGACAUAGCAACUAGUGAGUCAAUUGGCAUUGGAAGUAUGCUUUCUGAGUUUUAUGGAAGAAGCAACCGAGUGGUAUUCAUCUUUGUUUUACUUAAUGAACAUGAUGACAUCACACCUAAGAGUUUUGUUGCACAUACCUAAUUGGGGGAGGAGAAUUGGGCACUGAGGUUUGAUCAAAUAGGAGUGGCCUUUUGGGGUAGGCAAGAGCAAAGUAACAUGCACACCAUACUGUUAUACGACUUUAACAGUCAUGCUUUCCCCAGAGAAUCCUGGGAACUGUGGUUAGUCACAGGGCUAUAAUUCCCAGCACCCUUAACAAGCCAAAGUUCCCAGAAUUCUUGCUGUGACAGUUAAAGUGGUAUAAUACACUCUCAUUAAACAUAUGGUUGGGUUGGGAUGGGUGGUGAGAGGAGCAUGUCCCUUUGCCUUCUGGUUUCAGGGAUCAUUUGAUUGUGGUCAUAUAACAUGUGAUCAAUUGGUGGCAUUUAAUUAAUUGAUUCACGAUCCACUACAUUGCAGCAAAUAAGAGAAAAUAAAUGUAGUUCUAAUUAAAAAAUCCAGUGCGUAGAAAUUCUGCAAGCUACUCCAUGGAACGCCUCUGCCUUCGGAACUAUUAUUCACGUUUCAGCUCUGUGUUUGUGUGCCCUUUAAGUAAGGAAACCUUUCUGUUCUUUACCAGAUGUCAUUGAGAGGGUGUUGAGUUUCUUUGGGCAUAAUAGCCUGUUUCUUGUUUCUUUCCUAUCCAGGUCAGUGCUAACUGUUGCUUGUGAACAGACAGAAGUCCUUCUUUUUGAUCCCAUAUCUUCAAAGCACAUCAAAACUCUCUCCGAAGCUCACGAGGACUGUGUAAAUAAUAUCAGGUUGGUUGGCUGGGAAAUAAAAGCCAGUUACAGAUAUCUAAAAUUCCAGUACUUGUUUUAUUUAAGCUCUGGAAGCAUUGAUGCUGUAGUGACAAACAUAUCUUCUGUUUUCUCUUUUAUGUUUUUCCCUCCCAUCAAUUAGUAAUGAGAGUCAUGGUACUAAUUUUUAACUUUUUGCUGCAAGCCAGAACUUGAAUGCUGUUGCCCAUAAACAGGCACAGAAAACUGAGGCAGCCCCUGUCUGCAUUGCCCAUCCCUGAAUCUGUUUCUUGGUUUGAAGCUAGUCUGCGAUGGAACCAAGGAAACUGCCUUCUUGGUGUACAAGUUGGACCUUUCCCUCUGUACACUGCUUCACCGCCCAUCCCCAAAUAGUUGUAAUUGUCACUUGCCAUUCUCUCCCUCCACCCCAAAAAAAUUGCGAAGUGUUUUUGUUUUUCGGCUAGUGCCUUCCCUAAAGAAGCACAGGUGUGUACACAUUUUGGACAGCUCAUUGCAUCAGAUAACAGUGUAAUGCUCUAUUGAAAUUUUGCAUGUUUUGAUGUUAUUGAAAUCUCGGGAACAAAUGUGCAUUGAAAGGAUGAUGAAACCAAUCCAAACAUGGGAAUGCGUUUUGGCAGCUUGCUAAAUCUGUUUCUGAAACUCUAGCUAGCUCCGGAAUAUACACCUCCAAUCCGACAAUGUCGGUCUUUGUUUCCACAUCAAGAUGUUAUGAAAAUCAAUAUCCUGGCAUUUCUCUUCAUGUGGCUGUCAUCUCAAAGUUUCUUUUGCGGGGGCCGAUUUAAAGAGGUUUUGCAUGAAUUUCAAGAUACGAAAUGGCCUCCCUCCUUGUCCAUUUUAUUUGUAGGUUUCUUGAUAACAGACUGUUUGCAACUUGCUCUGAUGAUACUACCAUAGCACUUUGGGAUCUGAGGAAGCUGGACACGAAAGUGUGUACUCUGCAUGGUCACACUAGCUGGGUAAAGAACAUUGAAUAUGACACUAACACAAGACUGUUGGUAACAUCGGGAUUUGAUGGAAAUGUUAUCAUUUGGGAUACCAACAGGUAAGCAGAUUUUAAAGUGGCAUCUCUCUUGAUAUGGAAAUAUUGAGGGAGAUAGAUGUCUGUUGCUCUGAAAUGCCUUUAUUCUGUACCUCAUUUGCAAACGUGCCUGUUGCAAACAUGGUGUUAUGGCACCUGGGGUUGCAUAGACUCAGUGCGUGGGUUAAAUCGAACAAGUGCCAAGUAGAUGUGUAUAGAAAAAGGGGCUGGGUAAAAGUCUGCCUGCUGUCAUCCCCAUUCCCCCACAGUCUGCAGUAAGCCAAGGCAUCCCUCUCAAAAUUCAAAUAACAGAUAUAACUCUGGUUUCAGUUGAUAAGAAUGAACUUCUGAGCAUGCUCACUUGAAGCAAACCUUGAUAGUUUCAAACAACAACAACAACAACAAUAAUAAGAACAAUAAUAGUUUAUUUAUACCCUGCCCCUCUGACUGGGUUUCCCCAGCCACUCUGGGCAGCUCCCAACAGAAUAUUAAAAGCACAAUAAAACAUCAAACAUUAAAAACUUCCCUAAACAGGGUUGCCUUCAGAUGUCUUCUAAAAGUCAGGUAGUCAUUUAUUUCCUUGACAUCUGAUGGGAGGGUGUUCCACCGGGCAGGUGCCACUACCAAGAAGGCCCUCUGCCUGGUUCCCUGUAACCUCACUUCUCUCAGUGAGUAACUGCCAGAAGGCUCUCGGAGCUGGACCUCAGUGUCUGGGCUGAACAAUGGGGGUGGAGACGCUCCUUCAGGUAUACUGGGCCGAGGCUGUUUAGGGCUUUAAAGGUCAGCACCAACACUGACUUGUGCCCAGAUACAUACUGGGAGCCAAAGCGUGAGAGGGAGUUUAAAUACUAAUUGCUGGAUUACAAUUACAAUGCUUUAUACUUAACCAAUCCUACGGCUAGAGGUAGUAAUCCUUUGUCACUACUAAACAAUAUUGUGAUUGUAUUAAGCCUGAAAACAUGGAACAGUUGAGAAAGAGAGAAGGAAUGAAAGAACAUUGGAACUUGUGUUGUUUGGCCUCAACAGUCUUUCAGUAUUCAUAGCAAAACACCCAGUGUAGCUGGAUGUGUUAAUGCAAAAUUUCCUCCAUAAGAUCUGACUCAGGUAGCCUUGUCUUGUAAACAGAGCUUGUGUAUAGACAAACCCCAGACCAGAAAAGUAACCCAGUGAGACCAGCCUUAUCUCCUUCUUUCAUUGUACAGUGGAACCUCGGAUUGCGGACGUAAUCCAUGACGGAGGCACGUCCGCAACCCACAGUGUUCGCAAGCUGAAGCGCCGUGUCUGUGCAGCUGCCAGCGUGAUUUGGCAUUUAUGCGCAAGCAGCAAAACCCAAAAGUAACCUGUUCCGGUACUUCUGGGUUUCCCGUGGUCCGCAACCCAAAAACACAUAACCUGAAGCAAACUUAACAUGAGGUAUGACUGUAUGAAUUAGAAAGGGAGGAGUUACAAUGAGCACUAUAUUGCUGUUAAGAUACAUACCACCUUAAAUAUAAGGCUGAGGUUCUUCCACAUGUGCCUGCUCCACGAAAAGCAACAGAAUGGGCCUUUUUUGCAGUGGCUCCCCGCUUGUGGAAUGCUCUCCCCAGGGAGGCUCGCCUGGCGCCUUUGUUACAUAUCUUUAGGCACCAGGCAAAAGCAUUCCUCUCCUCCCAGGCCUUUGGGUAAUUAAAUAAUCUAUGACCUUUUAAAAUGAGGGAGUACUGUGUAUGUUUGUUACUAUGUUAUGUAUUUUUGUGCUUUUUAUAUUGCAAACCUCCCUGUGAUCUUCGGAUGAAGGGUGAUAAUAGAAAUUUAAUAAAUAAUAAUAAAUAAAUGGAAUUCUUGAAACUAGAAGCCGACAGUGGAUGUGGUUUGAUGCUUCUCUUUCCCCAGGUGCACAGAAGAUGGUUGCCCUCACAAGAAGUUCUUUCACACCCGCUUUCUCAUGCGCAUGAGGUUGACACCAGACUGUUCCAAAAUGUUGAUCUCAACCUCGUCUGGGUAUCUCCUGAUCUUACACGAUCUUGACUUAACCAAAUCCUUAGAGGUUGUCAGCUAUCCGAUUUUAAGAGCUAGGAGAACGACAUCCAAUUCGGGUAAGUCCUUGUGUUUGGAUUAGUAUAUGCCCGUGUCAUGUCUGCUAUUCAUUUGCCUAACAAGAGAUAGCUAGUGCUGGGGGAGCUGUGCUGUGAGCAGUGAAUUAGCCAACCCAUCCGUUAUUUAUUGCAUUUCAUCAAGUUUAUACACCGUUUCAUUGCUUUAAAAAAACCUCAAAGCGGUUUACAAAAGAUCGGCUUGUCCACUGAAAAGUCUUUACAUGAUGCAUUGGAUUCUGGGUAGUGUUUUAGGGCAUGCGCUCAAAGUUCAUAUAUAGUCCCUGCUGUGAUUCCACCAUCAGCUCAUGUGAACUGAAUGUGUUACACUUCCCCCGACCCAAGGCUUCUCUGUGGCUGCAGCAUCUGUGGAAGGAACAUUGGUAGUGGUGUGUGCAAGAUGCCUUUCAGAUUCACCAUUACAGUGGUACCUCGGGUUACAUACGCUUCAGGUUACAGACUCCGCUAACCCAGAAAUAGUACCUUGGGUUAAGAACUUUGCUUCAGGAUGAGAACAGAAAUCGUGCUCCGGCAAUGCGGCAACAGCAGGAGGCCCCAUUAGCUAAAGUGGUGCUUCAGGUUAAGAACAGUUUCAGGUUAAGAACGGACCUCCGGAAUGAAUUGAGUACUUAACCCGAGGUACCACUGUACUGAUCUACUCACUGAAGAACUCUGAUCAGCUUCCAGAAACCCAGGGUUUCACAGCAGGCAGUUUGUAAAUCUUUGCUUUGUAGUGGUUUUGAGUUGUGUUUUUUAAAUAAAAAAACACUGCUGCCUUUUUCCUUACCUGCGACUAUGACAAGUAACCAUUUAAUACAAACUGUUGUCCACAACCUUAGGAGGCAAAUAAGAGAAACCUAAAUAAUGCCUCCCCAAAUUAGAAGCUUAUCAAGAAGAUCCGUGGGCUCUGACAUUAGCAGACAUCCACAGGGAAGAGUUUAAACCCGUGGUUCCCAAAAUGGGGCACAAGCUCCACAGGGGGGCAGUUUGAUUUUUAAGGGGGGGCAAUUCGAGAAUGAGUUAUUAACAGUGGAUGGCCUUUUAGGCUUCCUCCACGUGAAUAGGAGUUCACUUUUUGAAUAAUAAGAAUUAUAUGUCGGGGGGGGGGGGAAUCAGGAUUUUGGAGAUGCUUAGGUGGGGCAUGGCCAAAGAAAGGUUGGGAACCACUGGUUUAAAGUGAUGGAACACAGGAGACUGAAUGGUUGAACAGGAUCCCUUCUGUACAUUUCAUUUUAUACGUUACUGCUUUCUUCUCAGAUUUGACAUCUGCCACAUCGUCCAUUCCUCGGAGCGCUGGGUCACCGUGUCAUCAGAGUGACGCAAACCCAGUGUCUGAGAAGCAUAUGGUACGAGCUACCCAGCGAGAAGGUGUGUUAAAACAGGGUUAAACCAAGGGGGGAGGUGUUCCACCAACAAGGGUGUCCCAGAAACUAAAAACGGUCUCCUACAUUCAGGUUCAAUAAAGUUAAUGCAGCCUUGCAACUCCAUGUAGGCUGCUUGAGGACUGGUUCAGAACUUCAUGCUUCGUCCUUUGAUAACUACAGGCCACACACUUGCAUGUUUCGAUGAGCUCUGGGCCCAGUGCAGUACAGUAGACUUCCAUUCAUACUAUAGUUCUUAUGGUCCAUUGUUUGCUUUGGCUGACAAGCAGUUUGGGAAAUGAAAGGGGGAUAGCGACAGUGAUGCUUUCUCUCCCUGCAGGUGGAUCUCCGCGCAAUAGUCUUGAGGUUUUAACCCCAGAAGUUCCCGGAGAGAGAGAUCGCGGGAACUGCAUCACAUCGCUGCAGCUCCAUCCCAAAGGAUGGGCUACACUUCUUCGAUGCUCAAGUAACACUGAUGACCAAGAGGUAUUUUGUGUGUGUGUGUGUGUGGUGUUAUCACAUAAGGUCGGUGGUUUGAAUCCCUGCGACGGGGUUCUGUCCCAGCUCCUGCCAACCUAGCAGUUCGAAAGCACGCCAGUGCAAGUAAAUAAAAUAGGUACUGCUGUGGCAGGAAGGUAAACAGCGUUUCUGUGCACUCUGGUUUCUGUCAUGGUGUUCUGUUGCGCCAGAAGCGGUUUAGUCAUGCUGGCCACAUGACCCGGAAAGCUGUCUGUGGACAAACGCCGGCUCCCUCGGCCUGAAAGCGAGAUGAAACCCCAUAGUCACCUUUGACUGGACUUAACCGUCCAGGGGUCCUUUACCUUUUACUUUACCUCAUGCAAAUAAUUUUCUUUUCUUGAAGAGAAAUGCCUUCAGAUGUCUUCUAAAAGUCAGAUUGUUGUUUAUUUCUUUGACAUCUGAUGGGAGGGCGUUUCACAGGGAGGCACCACUACCGAGAAGGCCCUCUGCCUGGUUCCCUGUAACCUUACUUCUCACAGGGAGGGAACCGCCAGAAGGCCCUCAGAGCUAGAUCUCAGUGUCCGGGUUGAACGAUGCGGGUGGAGACGCUCCUUCAAGUAUACUGGGCCAAGGCCGUUUAAGGCUUUAAAGGUCAACACCAACACUUUGAAUUGUGCUCAGAAAUGUACCGGGAGCGAAUAUAGUCUUGGCAGCCACUCCCAGUAACUAGUCUAGCUGCUGCAUUCUGGAUUAGUUGUAGUUUCUGGGUCACCUUCAAAGGUAGCCCCACGUAGAGCGGAUUGCAGUAAUCCAAGUUAUAUUCUUGGACCCAAAUGAGUAGAAUGAACUGGCAGUUAGCAAAGUGGAUUAAUUGUGCUUUUCUCCCCCUUGCUGUAGUGGACUUGUGUCUACGAAUUCCAAGAAGGAACUCCGGUCCGGCCCGUUUCUCCUCGCUGUUCCCUCCGAUUGACUCAUUGCAUUGAGGAAGCCAAUGUCGGCCGGGGCUAUAUCAAAGAACUCUGUUUCAGCCCUGACGGCCGGAUGAUCUCCUCCCCGCACGGCUACGGGAUUCGCUUGUUGGGAUUUGACACCCAGUGCAGUGAACUGGUGGACUGUUUGCCCAAAGAAGCCGCCCCUUUGCAAGAGAUCCGCUCGCUCUACUCGCACAACGACGUGGUCCUGACCACCAAGUUCUCGCCGACGCACUGUCAGAUUGCCUCCGGGUGCCUUAGCGGUCGUGUUUCUUUAUAUCAGCCAAAGUUCUAG